ACGAAUUAACUCGGAGAAAGAUGGAUUAUGUGAGAGCGGGCGGAAGCCGCUCAAUUCCGAAGUAGAACUAGUAGCGAACCCACCUCCCAUACCACACAUUUAUACAUAGAACAAACAACGACAUUAAUUGGAUUACACCUGCUAUUCGUGUCUUACACAUCGAGUUCUGACUGGUCAGACUUCGAGAGAGACUGAAUAGCCAUGGAGGACUUCAACCAUCAGGCCGUCAUUGAGAAGGCAUUUCUGGCCAGUUGGGAGACCAUUAAUUUGAGUUCCGGCUGGCAGAGUGCCGGCAAGACGGCCAAAAUAUCCUGCGACAACGUGGACCAAAUCGAAUGGCGCCAUGUCGGAAUAGCAUCCCAAAAUGGCCAUAAACUCCAAUCUAAAGAAGGACGAAACACCGCCUCUUCGUAUUCCUCUAUCACGGUUCCUCUUGGUUCUGUUAGUGCCACAAAAAGUGGUGAUGUGGGUGUCAGAGGUCCCUUUUCAAGAGGUGGGAGCAGUGCUGGAAGAAAAGCCUUCCGUAUUAGUGCCACCCUCAAUGCCAAUAUGGAGAUGGUGGCAAAUCUCUUGAGAGAUGUCAAUAGCGUGGCCAAUUGGAACAAAGCUUUGCAGGCCACACGCAUAGUCAAACGUCUUGAUCCCGACAUGGUGAUCACUUAUCAACUGACAGCCGCCAAUGGAAAUCUACUCUUCCCAAGGGAUUUCGUCUUCGGUGUAAAAUAUGGAAUGAUGGACAAUUGCUUCGUAGCCGGAGGAUGUAGCGUUGACUAUCCGGCUUUGCCUCAGGAAGGGGACUUGGUUCGAGCUUGGAAUUACCCAGGCUGUAUGGUAGUGCGUCCCAUUCCGGGACAAGCGGAUGUUUGCCUUUUCCAAUGGCUGCUUGAUUGCGAUUACGGAGGCUGGAUGCCUCAAUCGCUUUUCGAGUUCGUCGUGCCGUUCUCACAGGUGAUGCUUGUGGAUUCAAUGGCCAAGGAAUUGGGAAGGAUCAAGAAGGAACAAGUUUUGCUCUCCCUUUGAGGAUGACGUCAAGAGGACGAAAAAAGAACGACGCGACCAGUUCCGCAGUGGAUUUAUUUUUCUCUUUUAUAUAAUGAUAAUCCCUAAAUUCAAUAUCAUUUUCUCAUGCAAACGA